UCCUCUCUCUAUUAAGGUCUCCUUUUAGUUUAUUUUUUUUUGGAGACAGAACAAUUUUUUUAAUUUUCCAGAGACAAGAGAUAUUUUGUUUUGGUUUCUGUGGAGAGCAUCGGACUAUUAGAGAACACCGAUGGAGAAUGAUUAUAGGGUGAAUAUAGCUUCUCUCGAGAUGGAUCGCGAUGCGGAGGCGUCGGUUGAGUCUCAGAGCGAGUCGACUCUAUCGAACUCGCUCGAGUCCGGUCUUACGAUUGAGAGCUUCCGUGGUGAUGCGGAUUCGAAACUGGAUGAAUGUGCUGGGUGGACGAAUGAGAGACACAACUCAUAUCUUGAUUAUUUAGAGAACUCGUUCGUUAGGCAAUUGUACUCUCUGCUUGGAGAAGAGACUCACAGACUGUCUACGCCUCGUGAUGUGCAGUCUAACUCUCUCAAAUCGACUGAUCAGUUUACGGUAGUACAAAAUGGAUGCUUGCAGAAGGUUAACUUUGGAAAGAAACGUCCUUAUUUGGAGACGUCAUCAGAGUUUAAUUUUCAAGAAAACUCCAGUGAUAAGGCUUUUAUUGGAACAUCCAUGAGAAAUUCUUUGGGGCAUAAGUAUCCAGCUCAAAGCGCUGCAGAAGCGUCAGGGCAGAACUUCAGAGAAGAAGAAGAAAAAGAAGAGAAGGGAUGUACUUCAGAGGUGUCCAGAAAACGCCAAAAAGAAGCGAAUUAUGAUGAUAGUUCAUUGAAUGAUCAGGUUGUGCCGUAAGGAUGGUGAAGCUCAGAAUGUGAAACGAUAGAAGGGCAUAUAGGAAGUAUAGAUGAAUUACUAUGAAUAGAGACUUAAAAAAAAAAAAAGCAAGCGUGGUUGGAGAAUGAAUGUGGGGGGUUUUGUUUGUUGUAUAUAAUGAGAAAGAGGCUAAAGAGAGCCUUAUAAAGGGAUCGAAUGGGAUGAAAUUAUAGAAUUUGGUUUUUGUUUUGUUAAAUUUUGUCUAUGUUAACUAGGGGGAAAAGUGUUUGCUAUAACUAAGCAUGAUCGCCAAUCCUUAGCUUUUUCAAUCUUUAUUCUUUUUGUCAUUUUUUCCUUAUAAUCAAUUUU